CCAAUAAACAUAAAAAGAAGGAAAACCUGCCGAUGUUGUGCUUCUUCAUCGCUCUCCGACCUUUUACUUCCUGAUGAUCUCGCUUCCUUCGCCAUGCGGUUUCCUUUCGAUCGGCGCGGCGGGGUGCAGUUGAGGCCAUCUUAUCUUCUUAACGCCAGAAGGAAAGCCUUUGGUCGUUAUAUGCAGGAUGGUGGCGUCAAUGGGGGUGGGUUCAGCUUCGAUCUGUCAUCUGUGCGCGAGGAAUGGCAUGCUGGAGAAGACGGGCCUCAAGAUUCCCGUUUUCAGAAAGACCGGGACUACAAUUGUCGGUCUAGUUUUUUCGAUACCAAGGUCAUGUUAGCACUGCCCUUGUUCUUGGGGGAGUUGAUUGUACUGGACCACAUUUACACUACACACAGUUUAACUAUCCACAUGGUUCAACAGACACACUGCCAUUUGUCACAAUGGGUUAGGUCCCUUGCGGCAAUGUCAGUUUUUGAAGCAAAGUACAAAGAAGGGCUGACAAGGGUGCAGGCAAUACAGCUUGUAUCAGAAACUAUUUGUGCUGGCAUCUUCAAUGACCUGGCUAUAUCUGAUAAGAGCUGGUAAAACCGAAUAUUUGAGGAACCACCUGUUGCCAAAUCCAAGGACUUAUGUCAGCUCCAGGGGAUACAGCUUUGCCCAAGAAGGACGGACUGGUAAGAACUUAUAUCACUUUUAUGAUUCAUUUUAUAGGCUUGUGAGCAGUUAACCUAUUCUUUUGUUUCAAGAGGUAUUGUCAACGAAAAUCACUCCGUUGAGACCGAAUGCUGAGGUUACCGCCGUUGGUGAUGCUAUGGAAGAGUAAUCAUGUUAGCUUGCUCUUUAUAUCUGUGAGACUGACCAGUCGUCUAGAGCAUGUACCAGACUAGUAUGUCUCAGAAAAAUUUGAGCAAAGAAGGAAUAUUCUCUCUUUUUCUUGUUUUAAUCCAAAAUGGCAUAUUGGUCCUUUUAUAUAAAAAAAAACUUGGUCCA